AUGUCUUUCUCUCGCCAAAUUUUACAGCCUCGAGCUGGUAUACACAGGGCUGUAACUCGCAGUUCAGGACUUGUACAAUGUCGUGGAACAGCGUUAAGGAACUCAUCUCCCCUAAAAUCUUCUCGAACAUUUACCGUAGCUCGUCGAUUAUGCAAUGUUGAAACUACUAUUCCCCCGCCUCCACCUCCGCAACCCUCAUUACUCUUACGAACUCUCACUUUCUUUGGAAUUGCUAUUGUCUUCACAUCCGUCGGCUUCUCAAUAGCUGCUUAUCCAGCCUUCAAAGCCGCCAAUGCCAUACUUGAUCCCCCAUCUGAUGAGGAGUCUCUUAAAUUAUAUACACCAACCGAUGCGAAAUCUAUAGAAGUCGAAGCCUAUAUAAACAAUCAUCCAGUUGUGAAAGAACUACGAAGCCGACCCGAAUUCACAGAAUCAAGACCACACAUGAAAAUCCCAGAAUCACAGCGAGGACAUAAUCUUACAGGUGGAACAUUGAUGGGCCCGGGACGUGUUCAAGUACCACCAUACGUAUGGACUGAGGCAGGCGGGAAAUCUCUUGUAUCAAUCUCAUACCUAGGAGAAGAUCUUUGUGGACAUCCAACAAUUAUACAUGGAGGAUUUCUAGCAACGAUGUUAGACGAGGGACUAGCACGAUGUUGUUUUGGUGCAUUGCCGAAUAAGAUUGGCAUGACGGCUACUUUGACAGUCAAUUAUAAAGCUCCUACACCUGCGGGAACUUUUGUAGUGUUGAGGGCGGAGACUACGAAAGUUGAGGGCAGAAAGGCUUGGGUUGAAGGAAGAAUUGAGACUUUAGUUGGGGAGGGAGAGAAAUCGAAAGUCUUAUGUGAGGCAAAUGCAUUAUUUAUUGAACCUAGACAGGCUAAGAAUGUUAUAGAGGAUGUCUCCUCAGUCGAAGGUCGGAGGGGACCAACGUUGUUAAGUACAGAGAAAGGAUGUGCAUUCAGUGUUCUAGACGCAUAUAUGAUUAGACAAGAAGCAAAUAUCACUUGGCACCCUUCCCUCACCCGCGCUGAGCGCACCACCCUCCGCAAACAACGCGGCUUCACAAUCUGGUUUACCGGGCUUUCUGCCUCUGGAAAAUCCACCAUUGCCACAGCUCUCGAGCAACAUCUUCUCCAUCUCGGACAUGCCGCAUAUCGUCUCGACGGCGACAAUGUCCGCUUUGGACUCAACAAAGAUCUCGGAUUCGACGAGAAGUCCCGCAACGAGAACAUUCGUCGUAUUGCUGAAGUCGCAAAGUUGUUCGCAGAUAGUUGUACCAUCGCUUUAACAUCGUUUAUCUCUCCCUACAAGGCAGAUCGAGCUGUUGCCAGAGAAUUGCAUGAAAAGGCCGCCAAUGGGGAUGAGGCCAUUCCUUUCAUUGAGGUUUUCAUCGACAUUCCUGUUGAGGAGGCAGAGAAGAGAGAUCCAAAGGGGUUGUACAAGAAGGCUAGAGCGGGUGAAAUCAAGGAUUUCACUGGUAUCAGUGCGCCAUAUGAGGAGCCCGAGAAGGCAGAGAUUCAUUUAAGGACGGACAAGCUGAGUGUGGAGGAGUGUGUGCAGAAGAUUGUGGAAUAUUUGGAGAAGGAGAAAUUGUUGAAAUUGUAG